AUGGUUGUACUAUCACUCCGUAAUCUGAUCCUGUCAGUAUCCCUGGCUACGUUCGCUACUCUGACACCAUUUUCUAAUGCUGCACCUACGCCUCCAGUACCUCAAGUGGAUGCCUGUGGGGUGCUUGGUUUUAUGAACAGCUCAUCAAUCACUUACGACGAUGUCUCUGCUUGCUAUAAAGCCAUUCCAUAUGAUCCAGUGGUGGCAAGUGCGACCUUGAAGACACUUCAUGCCUUCUUCAAUGAUAACUAUGUCUUCUGUGAUUCAGCAUUGACCCCAGAUCUGAAGGUACCCUUCUCCUGCCCCCCUGUGGACAUUGUCAAGGAGUUUGAGCGGAUUGGGCAGACAAAGUACACUGGUGACUACAGCUUUCACUUAGAUGUCUCUAGGGCUAUUAAUGGACUCUAUGAUACCCACGCUAGUUAUAACAGUAAGCUCUAA